AUGAGCCCUAAACCCAAGCCAGUACAGUUUGCACACGUGUUGGUUACAGAUCACAACCAUGACUUUCUUGGUGGUUUCUUCCGAACGAGAUAUACGGAGUGCUUGGAGAUCCAAGAAUGUGUGCUCCAGCAAGGACAUUGGCGGGUCGUUUUGAUCCGACUAUGCUGGUGUGUCGACAAGGGGUCAUUCAUUCUUAAUGGAGUUUCGCAUGCCAAUGCGGUGCAAUUUACCACAAAACAAAACCAACAUUUCUCUGCAGAACAUAUUUAA